AUGGCUGCCCCGGGGACCCGCACGGCGUUUUGGCUGGGGUUUCUGGGAUGGUACCCUUUCUUCGUCAUGGUGUUCGACGUGGUGCCGUUCAAGGUCGUCACCGUCGACGGGCCGUCAAUGUCCCCGGCCGUCAACCCCCCGCGGACCGGCGCGGGAACCGGCGGCACUGCGACAGGCUGGCGGCGCGACCGCGUGCUCGUCGACACCUCCCGGACGAGCCUCGCGUACCUGGGAUCCAAGCCCUCGCUGCAGCGCGGCGACGUCGUCCUCCUCCACCCCCCCGACAGCGGCAAGACGGACAUCAUCAAGCGGAUCGUCGCCCUGGAAGGUGACUGGGUGUCUGUGCCCGGCGGCAGGGACCCGGUGAAGGUGCCCCCGGGGCACUGCUGGGUCGAGGGCGACAACCACGUGCGCAGCGACGACAGCCGCGCCUUCGGACCCGUCCCCGUGGCGCUGGUGCUCGGCCGCGCGACGCACGUGCUGUGGCCCCCCGACCGCGCCGGCACUCGCCUGACGCGCUGGGUGGAGGCCGGGCGCGUCAUGGGCCUCUCGCGGACGUAG